AUGUCUUCUUCUUCCCUUUAUCGCCGGCUUUACGGCAUCUUUACCGAGAAUCAAAAAGUAACCAUCAAGCUUAAAACUGACAAGCCCAAAACAACCUCCUUAAAAUCCACCAAGCUCACACCUAAACUUACCGAAAAACAAGAACUCCAAACUAUAGUUAACAACUUCAAAAAAUCGUCGGAAUCCCCUCAAUUUCGACGCCAUAACUCCAACUAUCAAACCGCCAUUCGCCGCCUUGACAAUAACUCUUCCGCUAUCGAAGACAUUCUUGAGCACCAAAAACAAUACCCAGAAAUUAGCAAUGAGUUAUUUGUCUCCCGCCUCAUGCUCUUGUACGGUACAGCAAAGAUGUACGAACAUGCCCGUAAACUGUUCGACGAAAUGCCAAGCUUAAAAUGUCAGCGAACUGUUUAUGCUUUCAAUGCCCUUUUAGAAGCCUGCGUAAGGGCCGAAAAGUACGAUACUAUGAGAGAGUUGUUUCGGGAAUUACCUGAGGAGUUAUCGAUAGAGCCUGAUGUAGUGUCCUAUAAUACUUUGAUUAAAGCAUUAUGUAAAGUUGGUUCUUUGGAUUCUGCUGUCAGUGUAAUGGAUGAGAUGGAAAAUCAGGGGAUCAAACCGGAUAAAGUGACUUUCAAUACGCUUUUGACCGCUUAUCAUGAAUGGAAAAUGUUUUCUGAAGCAAAUGAUUUAUGGGUAUUAAUGCAAAAGAAAAACGUUGUUGCUGACUUGUGGAGUUACAACAUAAGAUUACGAGGUUUAGUUGCGAAUAACCAGGUUAAAGAGGCGAUUGAGUUGUUUGAGGAGAUGGGGAAGAAAGACAUCAUCCCGAAUGCUUUGAGUUAUAACACGAUGAUCAAAAUGUUUGUGGACGAUAGGAACUUGGAGGAGGCGAAAAGAUGGUAUGAGAAAAUGGUGGAAAAUGAACGUUAUCCGGAUAAUGCAACAUUUGGGAUGCUCAUUCAUUUUGCUUGUGACAAGGAUGAUCUUGAUUUUGCUCUUGACUUGUGUAAGAAAGCUAUGAAUUCAAAAGUUACUGUACAUAAUGCAACAAUGCAGAGGGUAGUUGAUGACUUGGCUGAGCAUUCGAAGCUUGAAGAUGCAAAGGAGCUGGUGAACUUGGCCAAAUCAUAUAAGCGAUUCCGGGCUUCGGGUAUGCCACAUCGCGUUCCAGAUUAUCCAGAUGCUUACGCUCGAUGGAAUGCCCUUAGCAGUUUUGGCUCUUAUAUAUCCGUAGUUGGGAUUUGUCGUUUCUUAGUGAUGGUGAGGACACAUACUACUGGGCAGGACAGACAACCACUAGUACCAUCAGCCAGGGCCGCGAGAGGCCGAGGUCGCGGUAGGGGCAGAGGUGCAGCUCGCACAUCAGCUAAGGCAGCACUUGCAGAUCUAUCAGUUGCCUAG